AGGCGCGCGCACGCGCAAGAGGAGGGCGGAGGGAGCGCGCUCGGCGCCCGCCGCCGCGGCGACUGAAACGGAGGGACGCGAGGGCGGAGGGCGCGAGCCACGGGGGGAGGAUGGGGGAGAGAUGGUGGGUAGCGCGGAGCGCGCGCUGACGUCGCUCGGAGUCACGCACGGAGCGCCGGGUUACGCGCCGACGUCUGGCUGCCACGACUUGCCGUCUGCGGCGGCGGCGAGCGGAUCCCGCAGGGGAAGGAGGAGGAGGAGGGAGAGCCAAGGGGGCUGUGAGUGAGCGGGAGAAGCAGGGUGUGAGCCGGACUUGCCCGCGGGAGGGAGAACGAGCGAGAGCCGGGCCAGCCAUCCGAGCCGCCUCCUCCUCCUCCCCUCGGCGUCCCGCCCCCGCCUGCCAGCCCGCCCUCCUUCCUCUUCAGCCGGCUGAGCCCGAGUGAGGCGCCGCUCAGCUCGCGCUGCUGUCCAGGACAGGUGUGCGCGCGCGCGCCCUCCUCCCCCUCCUCCCCUCCCCCUUUCCUCGCGCCAGCCUAGCGCCUGCCUCGCGCGCGCCCUCCCUCCCUCCAGCCCGCGCCCUCCCUCACCUGCGGCAGGACAGCGCCCGCCCGCCAGGAUCUCGCGAGAGUGGCUGACUGGCUGUGGGGGUUGCGGCGGCAGCAGGCGGAGCCGGGGAGGGAAAGCAGCGGCGGCUGAGGCGACUGAGGCGGCGGGCGGAGCGGCAGGCGGCGGCGGCGGCGCGGCGGCGGAGCGCAGCAUCAUGGCGGACCGAGACAGCGGCAGCGAGCAGGGUGGUGCGGCGCUGGGCUCGGGCGGCUCCCUGGGGCACCCAGGCUCGGGCUCGGGCUCCGGCGGGGGCGGUGGUGGCGGCGGGGGCGGCGGCGGCAGUGGCGGCGGCGGCGGAGGGGCCCCGGGGGGGCUGCAGCACGAGACGCAGGAGCUGGCCUCCAAGCGGGUGGACAUCCAGAACAAGCGCUUCUACCUGGACGUGAAGCAGAACGCCAAGGGCCGCUUCCUGAAGAUCGCUGAGGUGGGCGCGGGCGGCAACAAGAGCCGCCUCACUCUCUCCAUGUCAGUGGCCGUGGAGUUCCGCGACUACCUGGGCGACUUCAUCGAGCACUACGCGCAGCUGGGCCCCAGCCAGCCGCCGGACCUGGCCCAGGCGCAGGACGAGCCGCGCCGGGCGCUCAAGAGCGAGUUCCUGGUGCGCGAGAACCGCAAGUACUACAUGGAUCUCAAGGAGAACCAGCGCGGCCGCUUCCUGCGCAUCCGCCAGACGGUCAACCGGGGGCCCGGCCUGGGCUCCACGCAGGGCCAGACCAUUGCGCUGCCCGCACAGGGGCUCAUCGAGUUCCGCGACGCUCUGGCCAAGCUCAUCGAUGACUACGGAGUGGAGGAGGAGCCGGCCGAGCUGCCCGAGGGCACCUCCUUGACUGUGGACAACAAGCGCUUCUUCUUCGAUGUGGGCUCCAACAAGUACGGCGUGUUUAUGCGAGUGAGCGAGGUGAAGCCCACUUACCGCAACUCCAUCACCGUGCCCUACAAGGUGUGGGCCAAGUUCGGACACACCUUCUGCAAGUACUCGGAGGAGAUGAAGAAGAUUCAAGAGAAACAGAGGGAGAAGCGAGCUGCCUGUGAGCAGCUCCACCAGCAGCAGCAGCAACAGCAGGAGGAGACCGCCGCUGCCACCCUGUUGCUGCAGGGUGAAGAAGAAGGGGAAGAAGAUUGAUCAAACUGAAUGGAAAAAACCCACACACACAUGCAUACACACACACACACACACACACACACACACACACACACACAACCACACACAGAAAAUAUACUGUAAAGAAAGAGAGAAAAUAAAAAGUUAAAAAGUAAAAAAAUAAAAAAUAAAAAAAAAAUAACUGUUAACUCCAAGGGAGCACCACCCACAGAACCUCCACCAACUGACAGUUUCUCUUCUUGACUUGCCACCCAUCGCUGGAUGUUGUCCACUUUAUCCACCAUAUAAAACAGUAAGCAGCUGCUAAAAACAAAAAACAAAAAAAAUACAAAAAGUAAUAACAUUAUAUGAACUGUGUUUCCUACUUGAUUAAAAAAUAUAAAGAACUGAGUGUUUAUUUCCCUAAUUAACCAAGAACUUUUGUACACGUUUAAGCUAUUAUUAUUAAAAGUGUUUGCAAAAUGGUCAAGAUUAUAAUAUUGCUGAAUUAUAUAAAAGUCCUUUUCAUGUUGAGCUAACAUUUGACUUUAGCACAAAAAAGAGAUAUUUUAGAACACGUAAAAUAAUAUUUUUAGUUUUUCUCAUUUUGUUACCAAAUUUCAAACCUUACAUGGAGGUUAUUAUAGUAUAUUUGACACCCUAUAUACCUGUGAUUAGAGAUGUGUAUAUAUAUGAGGGCUAGGCAUGCUGUGUGUCUGAGCUUUGUCUAAAUGUUAUGCAGAAGUUUGUAGAGUUAAAGGUACGUAGGUUUAAUUCAUGCAAGGUAAACAAUAAGUGCUCUCUUUUAUACAAUAUGCAUUGCAUCUGGACCUUAAACAUAUAAAAAUGGUCAGUGAAACUUCUGUGAACAUGAAGAAAUUAUUAAAAAAAGGCAUUUAAAUGAAA